CCGAUUCAUAAUCUUAUCAUCUUCCGACCUUCCCCCACCGAAACUACCAACAGUCGCGCUCUCUCUCUCUAGGCCUGGUGCACCAUGAAGGCAUGUAAUUGAGAGAAGAUAGCUACAAUGGCGAUAACAACAGUGAAACUAACGGAACUACCAUUGCGCAACACAAUCCCACUCACUUGUCACUCACCACGCUUCCUCCUUAUCUCGUUUCCUUCUGGAAGACCCUGUGUUUCUCUCCUCCUCAAACCCUUUUCUUCCCUCCGUGCAACCACCAAAACCCCGGGCAAACCCCCCCAAAACCCUAUUCCUACCCCCUCUAAAUCCAAACCCCACUCUACCUCUUGGCUUCAGAAAUGGCCCUCCCCCAACCCCCCAAAAGAAUCUAAUUCCAAAACCCUGAAAACCCUUGAUUCGAAACUCAAUAAUCGGCCCGGAAGCCCAUAUUUUGAUGGAAAUAGUAGAAAUGGGACUAGUUCAAUUGAUAGAAUAGUGCUUCGGUUGCGAAAUUUAGGGUUGGGGUCUGAUGACGAGGAAGAAGAAUUUGAUGAAGAAAAUGAGAUAAAUUUGACAAUGCCUGUGACGGGUGAAGAGAAACUGGGCGAUUUGUUGAGGAGAGAUUGGGUUCGACCUGAUACAAUGCUAGUCGAGGAAGAGGAUAGUACGGUUUUGCCAUGGGAGAGAGAGGAGGUGGAGGUGGAGGUGGAGGAAAGAGAGAAAGGGAUAAAGAGAAGGAUGGUGAAGGCUCCAACAUUGGCGGAAUUGACAAUUGAGGAUGAGGAGUUGAGGAGGUUGAGGAGGCAGGGGAUGACAUUAAGGGAGAGGAUUAGUGUGCCAAAGGCGGGGGUCACAGGGGUGGUGCUCGAGAAGAUUCACGAGAAGUGGAGGAAGUUGGAGUUGGUGAGGUUGAAAUUUCACGAGACAUUGGCGCAUGAUAUGAAGACGGCACAUGAGAUUGUUGAGGUGGGUGGACUGACGAUUUAUGAUAUGAAGUUUCUUAUAAGAAUUUUGUGGCAUUGUGGUUGA